UCUGAGCGAGCACCUGGACGUGUGUGGAUUACUGGGAUACUUGACUAUUCUGUUCUGCACCAGAGGUGAGAUGCGGUUUCAUCUGUGUUGUUGAAGUGUUCAUCAAAUUCAUUGCAAUGCCGAAAGAUGACACGUGGCAAGAUGGCAACACGCUGGACACAAUGGGAGAGAUGGACAGUACUGGCAGCUGUGACAGUGUGGUCAGCUUCAACUCCUGCUUUAGUGAUGAUAGUUUGGAGUUCCUCUCCGCUGAGGAGAAAGCUUGUCUCACGUUCCUAGAGGAGACCAUUCAGUCUCUGGAUACAGAAGAUGACAGCGGCCUGUCCAAUGAUGAGCCCGAUCAGAUACCAGCACGAGGAAAUGUGGCGACCAAAGCGGCCCGCCUCUCUGCAUCAAUAGUAUUCAACAAGCCCCCCGGUCGAGAUACGCCUAAGCGCCAUUUUGAGAGUCCGAUGUCGUCUGGCAGCCCGGGGAAAAAAGACAUUCUCAAUUAUAUGGUCCCUACUCCGUUUAUUCUAGCCAACAGACCCGCGUCCCGUAUUAAGAAUCUAUCCCAUGCUGAAAGUCAAGAAGGUCCACAGGCUCCUUCAGAGGUCAAUGUAGUUGUGAUACCUCCUCCACAUAAGACCAAAAGCAAGAACGACACAGACGAAGAAAACCUGAAUAAAGUGUCGAAUGCGUCUCGCAGAGGGCCGCUCUCUUACGAAGGUCUCGUACAGCUGCGCAAGACCGCAUCCAUGCGAAAACCCGAAGAACAGCAACAGGUUUCCGCAAAUAAAGUCAACCCUGUAACCCAAAGCCUACAUCCGAAGUCUAAAGAACAUAAAAGCUCCAAGUCUUUUCCACCUCCCGUGGCACCCAAACCCCGAAUCAAAGCCCCAAUGAACCCAGAAGGACCUCCAAACUCCCAAAACGCGCGAGCAUUAACUGUGGAUGAUUUAAUGAAUCCAGAGAAAGUGAGACUGGAAGCUCUUUGUAAGUUGGGUCUCCUUAAAGUUGAGUCUAAUGCGAGGCAGCUCGAGACGAAAGGACCGAACGUGAUCUCUCAACAACCUCUUCCUCCGCGUGUCGCACCAAAACCUAAGAAACCUCUACACCAGCGCUCUGCAAGCGACAUCCCAGAUCCUCCAUGUCCACAACACAACAACAUGACCUCAGCGGGGAAGCUUGCCACAUUGGAACGAGCCAAUCGCGGGCCUUCAGGUUCUGACACCACAGAGUUAAAUACAGAGCAAGUGUCCUCGUCUCGUUCCAAAUCUCAACACGUCCAGGGCUUUAGCGUGCCGGUGCACAGCAUUGGAAAGGAUAGAAGGGAGGCGUUACGAAAACUAGGACUGCUGAAAAACUAAAGUUGUAUAAUGUACAUAAAAUGAAAAGUAAUACAGUGCCUGCUUUACUCUUGAGAUUAUGCAGUAAUUAGGAUGAAUUAUUAUUAUGUAUGGUGCCUUUGCCUAAUGCAAUGCUUAUUUAUUUUCCUUCCUGUCGAUCAAAACAUGUAUAUCUGUGCCACACAAAAGAAGAUAUUUUGAGAAAUGUCUAAGUGGUUUUGUGUUUCUACAAUGGAAGUCAAUGAGAGUCAGUGUUGAAAUAUCUUCUUUUGUAGUUCGCAGAAGAAAGUCAUACAGGUUUGGAACGACAUAAGGGUGAAUAAAUGAAGGCUUAAUACUCAUUUUGGGGUGAACUCUCCCUUUAAGGUUAAGAUGAUGCGUUCACUUUUCCGGGUGAACUUCAGUACCUUUGGAUUUGAACUGCGUGUGUAAGUAGAUUACGAUGAACCUUAAAUGACCAUUUGGUCUUGUUGAUCAGAACCUGCUCUAAAUCUCUUUAAUACGCCUUUGAAUCAAACCUGUUGGACCAUUUUCACAAAAGGAUUUAGGAAAUGAUGUUUUGUCGAAGU